CGGAUACGGCUUGCUCAGUCGUUUUUUUUUUAAUCAAGCCAACACAGGAUUGCAGCACAUAACAGCUUAUCACAGUGAAACAGACAUUUCUACGUCAUCUACGUCAAAAAUGAACCAUAAUCCGUUAAUAUGUGUUGUGAUAUGCGUGGUCACUUUUGCGUUUGGUUCUGAUGUAAUUAAUGUAGUGGAGAUCAAAACCCCCUCUGGUUGGGUCAGAGGAUACGAGGAACUACAUAACGAAGGGCAGGUUUACAGAUUCGUAAAAAUUCCUUAUGCUCAACCUCCAGUAGGAGAUUUGCGUUUCCAGAAAACAAAACCCAUUGGAGAAUGGGAAGGAGUGGAGGGUGUUCGAGAUGUAAAUGCUCCUCAAUGUUCUCAAACAGCGUACCCAAUGCCUGGAUUUGAUGCACUGGAAACCGACGAAGAUUGUCUAUAUCUAAAUAUAUAUGUACCUGGAAAAAUUUGUAAAGAUAGAAAUCUGUCUGUGAUGGUUUGGAUUCAUGGCGGGGGAUUUGUUUUUGGUGGAGCUAGUCAGUACAAACCUCAGAAGCUAGUUCUAGGAGGAGAUGUAAUCGUUGUUACCAUUAAUUAUAGAUUAGGUCUUCUGGGAUUCUUGACACUGCAAGACCCUCUAGCACCCGGAAAUUAUGGACUUUGGGAUCAGAUCGAGGCUUUUCGAUGGAUUCAGAAUAACAUUGCAGCAUUUGGAGGCAAUCCAAAAUCAGUAACUAUAUUUGGACAGUCAGCGGGUGCUAUGAGCGUCAGUCUUCAAACAAUUAUCCCAUCAAACAAAGGUCUUUUUCAAAGAGCCAUUUCACAAAGUGGAGUAGUUUCAUUUUUUUCUAUUUCAAGGCGACAAGAAGAAAAACGAACCAAUGAUUUGGUACUACAAAAAUUGAAUUGCACAGGUAAAGAAGAUAUUGCAGAAACUCUAAGCUGCUUGCGAGACAUACCGGCAGAAAAUUUAACAGCAGCAAUAGAUGGAAUUUCGAUGGAAUUUCAAAAACCUUUGAAUCUAAGUUUUGAACUAGGUAGCAUGGUUCCAUCAGUUGACGGUGUAUUGAUCAAAGAGAAUUUGGCACAUCCAAAGUCUUGGGACGACAAAGUUUAUAGCUUUUUCCGUAGUAUCGAUUUCAUAUCAGGAACAUCAGAUGGAGAGGGGAAUAUGUUGCAUAUGAUGUUUUCUAAAGAGAUUCAAGACCAUUUCAAAUUCAACGCGUCCGAACGAGUUCCCGUAAGCGUUUUAUGUGAAAUAUGUGCACCAUUAUUCGUAGAUACAGCUGCUGGAAAUAUUCCGGAACUAACUCGGGAAAUAUGUGAGUUUUAUACUACAUCUAAAGGUGACGAUGAGCAAAGUAUGAGAGUGGCAGAUUUUCACGGUGACUCAUGGUUUAUCGUACCUAGCAACGUCAUAUUAGAAAUCCAUGCAAUAAACAACAAUAAAGCUAAAACAUUCCAAUACCUUACCACCAAACCAACUCCCUUUCCCUUCUUUCAAGAAUCACCAUCCUGGUUUAAAGGGGCUGGUCACGGUGACGAAUUGCAUCUUAUCUUUAAUGUGACUCACGAUCAUGUCUCAGAGGAGACUUUGAAAAAACAUGACCUGAUGGCUGUAGAGAACUUGUCUAAAGACGUCAUCAAGUAUUGGUCUAAUUUCGCCAAAUAUGGUGAUCCCAAUUCAGAAGACCUUGAGCAGUGGCCCUCUUAUGACACUGGCACCAAAAAAUAUGUAAUUUUGGACAAUCCAAUAAAAGUGGGCGAAAACCUGAAACCGGACACCACAGAGCUAUUAAAAAGAGUCAUUUUAAAAGGGCGAUCGAAUGUUAUGCAUGAUGAAUUAUAGCAGUAAUAGUCAUUAAUUAAUUUCAAAUGAUCUCCUUGCUUGACCUGUCACUCUUCUACGAGGGUUGUCCAAGAAAAGAGCAAACAUUUUAAUAUUUUAGUUUCACUAAAUUUAUAAGAAUAAGAAUUAGCAUGCAGCAUUAUUUUUUGAAUACUUCAAAGAAAUUUCGACAAAAUAUCUCAGUUUAUAAAUAAACAUUUUCCUCUAAACAAAAUAUGCAAAUUAGCUU